GCGGCCGGAGUCCUGGGGAGGCGGCGGCAGCUGCGGGCUGCUGCGGGCUGUGCUCGGGCGCUGGGCACCGGGCGAUCGCCGUCGGGGCUCGGGCGGCGGGGAGUGGGCGCAGGCUCCCCGGUGCCCGCCCCUCCGCUGGAGUUGUGGAGGCGCUCGCGGGCGGCCGGGGAGGGGCCGGCACCGCCGCUGCAAAAUGAGCCUGCUGUCGGCCAUCGACACGAGCGCCGCGUCGGUGUACCAGCCGGCCCAGCUGCUCAACUGGGUCUACCUGUCGCUGCAGGACACGCACCAGGCGAGCGCCUUCGAUGCCUUCCGGCCCGAGCAGCCCACCGGCGCCGCGCCCCCAGAGCUGGCCUUUGGCAAGGGCCGCCCGGAGCAGCUGGGCUCGCCCCUGCACUCCAACUAUCUCAACAGCUUCUUUCAGCUGCAGCGCGGAGAGGCACUGAGCAGCAGUGUGUACAAGAGCACCUCUCCCUAUGGCUCCCUCAACAACAUCGCCGAUGGCCUCAGCUCCCUGACUGAGCACUUCUCUGACCUAACCCUCACCUCUGAGACCCGAAAGCCCAGCAAGCGGCCCCCACCCAACUACCUGUGCCACCUGUGCUUCAACAAAGGACACUACAUCAAAGACUGCCCCCAGGCGCGCCCCAAAGGCGAGGGGCUGACCCCAUACCAGGGCAAAAAGCGCUGCUUCGGCGAAUACAAAUGUCCCAAGUGCAAGAGAAAAUGGAUGAGUGGGAACUCCUGGGCCAACAUGGGUCAGGAGUGCAUCAAGUGUCACAUCAAUGUGUACCCACACAAGCAGAGACCCCUGGAGAAGCCUGAUGGCUUGGACGUGUCGGACCAGAGCAAGGAGCACCCCCAGCACCUAUGUGAGAAGUGCAAAGUCCUGGGCUACUACUGCCGCCGUGUGCAAUGACCGCCCCACCCUCUGUGCCAGCCAGCCUGCCGCGGCCACAGCAGACAACACGCCUCCCCUGCGUUUCUCCGUGUCGCUGCGUGUCCCCAUCCACGUGAGAGUGCCCCAGCAGGCCUGUAGGUCUAGCCAGCCAGGGGAGGCUCUUGGGCUCUAGUCCCUCUUGUGUGCUGACAUAACUGCUUCACAGAAGGCUGAGUCUCUGGGGUCUGUGUGAUUAGAGCAGCCGUGAGCAGGGAUCAGUGCACAGGACCCCACAGAGCCCUCACUGUCCCCCACACGCUCAACUCUGAUGAUUCCCUCCAGGGUAAGCAGCCUUGUAUUGGCCACAAGUGCACUAAAUUUACUGUGAACCCAAAUGCUUGCAGGGGACCAUCUCCCCCAAGAUCAGCCAGGCAGCCUUCUCUCACCUAGAACCUCUUAAUCUGCCCUGGGUGCAAAGCCUCUCUGAAAGCCCUGUAUUUCUUUUCUCUUCAAAUCAGCUGUCAUGGGGACCUGGCAUCUGUUCUAGCAGCUGCCAGGGAAUGGGCAUUCCUGCUCCUUCUUGCUUUGAGCCCCAAACCCGCUCGCCUCUGAUAUCAGUGGCAUUACACCCUCCCACCCCCCCCACCCCCCACAGACUCAGAGGUCAGGGACAGAGUCCCUGAACAGUGUCCCAGUGUAUAUGUCUCGUCAGACAAAGCCCUCCCCACCCCACCCCACUCACAUUUCCCACUUGUUUGGGCUUUGUCUACCCCAUUCCCCUACUUUCUCUUCCACCUUCCGCUCACACUGGUGUAGGAAAGACAUGGGGCUGGUGGUCUAAAGACCUGGGGUUAAAUGCUGGCCCUGCCACUGACACACUACAUAAACCCCAAGAAUGAUGCGCCCCCACCCCACCCACUCCCGGGCCAGCCUUGCUUUCUUCACUUAGCUGGGUGAGAGAAUGACACUAGACAGCAGCAAGGCCCGUUUGGAUUCAGCAGUUCUGUGACUCAGUCUGUCUGGCUGCUUCCCCCUGGAGAGGGAGACUGUCCUUGGAGAGUUUCACCAGGUCCUGAAUUGCAACCCUGUUCCCUCCCCAGUGUUUUCCCACUGGGUAAGCUGAGGCUGGUGUCUGUGUGUAUGUGUGGGGAGGGGGGAGUUUCUCCCUGCAACCCCUGCCCC